AUGGCCAAGCAAACCUUCCCCAGAGGUUUGGUUGCCCCGAGAGUUCGUCCUAGAACUUUGCUCUUGCUGGCUUUUGCUGGCAUUGCCAUUCAUUUUUUUCUCAGAGUAGGAAAUGAACCGGGUGUCCAGUUUGCUUCCUGGCAAGACGCAACGCAUAACCCGCCUCCUGAAAACCUUCCCGAGCAACAACCCGCCUAUCCCGUGGAGCAUCCCACUGAAUCUAUCACUCCACCAGAGAACAGCGAAGAAGAGCACGAACAACAACAAGAGGAAACUCUAAAACAGGAUGCCGACGCCUUGAAGCAGGAUGUGGAAACUUUACAGCAAGAAGCGGAAGCAUUGAAGAAAGAGGAGGAUGCGCUGAAAAAGGAAGAAGAAGCACUCAAGCAUGAAGCAGAGGCUGUGAAGCAGACAGAAAAGAAGCAGAAACAGGAAGAGGAAGCAAUCAAACAGAAAGAGGAAGAAUAUGAACAAAAGCUACGGGACGAGUUUGCCAGGGAAUAUGAGGCUGCUAAGAAGCUUCCCGGCAGUGGUGCAAUCUACGGCAAUACUCUGAAUACCUUAAUUGAUGUGGACAACAGGACAGAUCCACAUGCGGCGCGUCUUCGAGAUUCCAGCGAGGAAGAGAAACCAUACUCGAACCACCAGCCUGUCCAUUUCAAUCCCUACCCUGACUACAAUGGAGAGGAUUGGAAGAAAGAUGGACGCCCCCCGUAUGUGCCAUGUCUGGGUGCUAAUGGGGAGCAUGUGGAAGAUCUGCUUGUCUUCAGAGGCCGCCCUGCAAAGUUUCCCCAGCCUUCCUUCGGCAGCUUCGACAUUUUCAACAUGGACGGCAAUCUCUGCUACGAACGCGAAAGUAGGCUUGGCCCCUACGGUCACACUCUUCAGCUCAAAACGAACAGUCUGCCCGUAGAUUGGAAUAGCGUUGAUUGGGGCAGUCUACAGGCAAACUGUGUCAAGGAGAAUGCCGCCCGAUUUAGUACCGGGAAGCCAAACGCCUAUGUUGACACCGUUUACACGAAUACCGGAAGCAUUCAGAGACGAAAGACAGGAGCGGAAGAAGAAGAGACCUCAGGCAGGUUGUCCACGACAACAACAAAGACUGAGUCUCGAACCGCGGUUCUCCUUCGCACUUUUACUGGCAAACGAUACACCGAGAAUGACAAGCAAGCCAUUAGGUCUCUUAUCUCCGAACUUUCCCUUCGUUCGGGCGGAGAAUACCAAGUCUUCCUUCUGUUACACGUCCACGACCGUUCGGUCAACCUGAAGGGCGACAAGACAGCAUAUCAACAUGUUCUAGAUGAACAUGUACCUCGAGAGUUUCAUGGAAUUACCAAGCUCUGGAACGACCAAGUCGUAUGGGACAUAUAUACAGCACUCACUGAAGAUGAUGAAAAAAGUGUUCACCAUGCACAGUGGCUGUCCGUUCAAAAGUUCAGUACGGACCACCCCGAAUUCGAUUACAUCUGGAACUGGGAGAUGGAUGUCAGGGUUGUUGGACACAACUAUGAUUUUUUGGAGAAGCUGAGAGGUUUUUCAAGAAACCAGCCGCGCAGGGGUUUAUGGGAACGUAAUGAGCGAUAUUAUAUUCCUGACCAUCACGGAACAUGGACUGACUUCCGCGAAUACGUCGAGAAGCAGACUAGCGGUGCCCAAGUUUGGGGACCUCCGAAAGUGCCUUUCAUCAACCCGGUUGGACCAAAGCCACCAACGGCAGAUCCACGAGAUGAUCAGUAUGCCUGGGGAGUUGACGAGGAGGCAGAUUUGAUCACACUUGGUCCCAUCUUCAACCCUGUCAACAGCAGCUGGAUUUUUGCAGACCACAUUUGGGGCUACAAAGAUGAACGGCAUCCGGCAACAUCACUCCCUCGACGAUGUACUAUCGUGACGCAGUCGCGCAUAUCUAAGCGUCUUUUGGAUAUCAUGCAUGUUGAGAACCUCCGUGGUAAUCACAUAGCCUCAGAAAUGACGCCCCAGACAGUUGCACUACUCCAUGGGUUGAAAGCGGUUUUUGCUCCUCACCCUACGUGGUUUGAUCGGCCUUGGAACGGAAAGUUCCUUGACGACUGGUUCAACCCUGGACCUAAUGGCGAAAGUGGUGGCCAAGGGAGUGCAAUGGGUUAUGGUAGAGAGCGUAGGUACCAAGGAAUCACGUGGUACUAUCGUGCUGAACCUCCUUCAAGGCUGUAUAACAACUGGAUGGGAUACAUUGAUACGGAUAUUGGGGGGCGAGACUGGGAGAUCAACAACGGCAGACCUUGUUUGCCGCCUAUGAUCCUACACCCUAUCAAGGAUGUAAAUCCAACCAGCCCAGGGUUCGCCACCAAAUUUGAGCUUUUUUACGGUUGA